AUGGCUUCUCGUGAGAAGCCCAAGUACGAAUUUGGCGGCCCGCUCGGAGCCGCAGCCAUCGUCACCGGCCUACCUGUGCUACUGUACUUCUUUGUCUUCGCUUGCAAUGACAUCAGUGGGUGUCCCGUGCCUUUUCUACUGGAGCCGAGUGCCCUCAGCUGGGAAAGAUUAAAGUCCGAAACCGGGUGGCCCGAAGGUGGCGUCUGGGAGCUGGGCAGCUGGAAGGUCACCGGUGUCGUGCUAGGCUACUAUCUCGUCAGCCUCGUGCUCUGGAGGGCGUUACCAGCUCAUGAGACGUACGGAACGAAGUUAGUGCACCACGGCCGUCCAUUGAAGUAUCGCUCCAACGCCUCCUCGGCAACUAUGGCUCACCUAGUGGUGUGCGCACUGGGGACCUAUGUGCAGGGCGCCGACUUCGUCUGCUUUACCGUGAACGCCAAGUACCCCAACAACGAUCUGCGUGAACUGGCAGCCGGCGGGCACACGGGCAAUCUGGUAUACGAUUUCUAUAUCGGUCGGGAACUGAACUCACGCGUCGCCCUACCAUUCUUUGGCGAGGUUGAUAUCAAGACGUGGUGCGAGAUGCGGCCAGGCCUUACUGCCUGGAUCCUGCUUGACAUGGCUUUCAUUGCCAAGCAAUACCGACUAUACGGCUACGUGUCGGACAGAAUUGUCUUCACCACUAUCGCCCAGGCUUACUACGUUUUCGACGGCCAAUACAACGAAAGCGGUAUUUUGACCAUGAUAGAUAUCACGACCGGCGGCUUUGGCUACAUGCUCUCCUUUGGUGAUCUAGUAUGGGUGCCGUUCCUGUACUCGACGCAGUGCCGCUACCUUUCCGUGUAUCCCGUGCACCUCGGCUGGGCCGGCAUCGCCACUGUAAGCGCCGUGUUCGCGUUGGGACUGUACAUCUUCAAGGCCGCCAACGCGCAGAAGAACGUCUUCCGCACGAAUCCCAACGACCCCAGUGUGGCCAGCUUGUCGUUCAUCCAGACCAGGCGCGGAACGAAGCUGCUCACGGCAGGAUGGUGGGGCGUGUCGCGCCACAUCAACUACUUUGGCGAUUGGCUGCAGGCGUCACCAUUCAGCUUGCCCACGGGCAUCCCCGGCUACACCAUAGUGUCUGCUGGGAGCAUGGCUGCUGCCUCGCAUGCCUCGAAGAUGCUCGAUGGACGGAAGGUAGUGCAGGGUCAAGCUAGAGGUUGGGGCAUCUUUUUUACGUAUUUCUACGUGCUGUACUUCGCAAUCUUGCUGAUGCAUCGCGAGCGAAGGGAUGACGCCAUGUGCUUGGAGAAAUAUGGAGAGGACUGGGAGAAGUACAAUAAGUUGUGA